AUGGUUGAGCUCAGCCCCGAAUUCAAGACGGCCCAGUUGCACUCCAGACAGCUCGUCGCCAAGCCCGAGGACAAAGACCUGCUUGAGCUCUACGGUCUCUUCAAGGUCUCCAACGCCGAGGACAUCUCCAAGGCCGAGAAGCCUGGCAUGUUCGACAUGAAGGGCAAGUUCAAGAUGUCUGCCUGGCAGAAGAUCGUCGACGAGGGCAUCACCCCGGAGCAGGCGCAAGAGCGCUACGUCAAGAAGAUCGAGGAGCUGAAGGGGAAGCACGGCUUCGACGAGAACAAGGCGGCAGAGCCCCUGGGUAGCCGUGCUUAG